GAUUAGGGGUCUGACCUAAAGGAAAUAGUGAAAAUUUCUAGAAUGAACUGCUAAAUGUAACUUCUAGUGUAGCUAUUGCUUCAAAAUUGGCGACUCAUUGUUAAAUUUAUGAAGAAUGAACAGGAUCAUACAUUUUGUCUCUUCACUCCAGUGCAGAAAGGAAACAAGAUGGCGCGGUGGGAAAAUAAACCGAUCCAAGGAGAUAUAUUAAAAGAGAAAGACCAGUUACUUGCAUUGAAAGUAAUGAGAUUGACAAGGCCAACAAUCAAGCCAUUGCUGCAGGUGACAUGUGAAGAACAAGAUCUACCAGGUGAAUGUUUUGAAAACGAUUUUAAGUCAGAUGCCGCUGCCAUUAAAGGAAUUGAACUUUUCUCUUCUGGAGAACUCUUGUCCUUGCCGCAAUCGUUUGGGAGCAUCUACUUGGGAGAAACCUUCUCUUGUUAUUUGAGUGUUCUAAACGACAGCAAUCAACAUGUUCAAGACGUCGUUGCAAAGGUUGAUUUGCAAACCUCCUCGCAGAGAUUUCAACUCUCAGCAAGCUCUCCAUACCCGAAGUUAGGCCCAGAUGAGAGUAUUGAUGAAGUCAUAGGCUACGAAGUAAAAGAACUUGGAACUCACAUUUUAGUUUGUGCUGUUACUUACUCAACAACCCACGAAGAGAAUCUUGGCAUGAGGAAAUUCUUCAAGUUUCAGGUUUUGAAACCUUUGGAAGUUAAAACAAAAUUUCAUAAUGUUUCGGACACAGUGUACCUGGAAGCCCAAGUGCAGAAUAUCACAACUUCAUUGAUGUCAAUUGUAGGCGUAACAUUGGAGCCUUCUAGCUAUUAUGACGUUGUUGAUUUAAAUGAAUGUAAAACUGACACAGACAUGGAAGGUGAUGACGAAAACGAUGAUAUCGAGCUUACGUUUGGAAAUUCGUAUCUAAACCCAAUGGAUACUCGGCAGUAUUUAUAUCAACUUGCACCAAAAAAUGAGUACGCCGUCGAACUCAUUAACAAGAAUGUCACACCCAUUGGUAAAUUAGAUAUAGUAUGGCGAACAAAUUUUGGAGAAGUUGGGCGACUGCAGACUAGUCAGUUACAAAAAGCAAAACCAGUGCCCCAAGAAGUUGAAUUGAAGGUUGAAUCGUGUCCAAUAUCAGUAAAGUUAGAGGAAGAAUUUACAUUAAAAUGCUCGUUGCGUAACUCAGGGGAGUCAAAAAUGGAGGUUAAAUUGUUUUUAACUGAUCCUAAGAGCGGAGGAUUACUUUGGAGUGGUGUCUCUGGAAAGGUUCUAGGCCCACUACCCCCUGGUUCAUCUAUAGAUCUAGACCUUAGUAUUGUGCCAACUUGCACUGGCUUACAGAAUAUCAGCGGAAUCAGAAUCUUGGAUAUGAACAGCACGAAAGUGAACGAAUUUGAUAAUGUUGGGCAAGUUAUAGUUUAUGGGACGGGCGAAUCGCCUUUUCGGUGACGAGAAUUUGGUUCUGAAUUUAUUGAGGGCGUUAUGAUUAAUUGAUAUAUUUUGAAUGAUAAAUAUGGAUUACAUAGUAGUUAAUUUGAACCUAAACAAGUAAAAGAGAAUAAACAAACCCGUUAGUCCGGUAAUGGAAGGGUUUGGAUAACGGGAUGACUGAUGCAGAAGACACAAAGCCUUGUUCGUGUGGGGAUUUUCCCUUUGUCUUAGAUAAUUUUCCAAAAGUUGAUAGGCGCUUUCACUAAAUUUGAUAAGCCGUCAUUUCAAUGGUUCCCUAAGUUUGAAUUAACCGCAAUAGCAUGUCAUUAUAUUGAGUUUGUCACAGUGACACAGUUUAAGAAUAACUAGUAGAGAAUAGCAGCUUUUUUGUUGGUUUCUCAAUGGUAUCCAGCUAUUUUCCAACUGGUGCCCUUAUCAUAUAAAGCGUUCACAUAACUAGUGAUGUAUGCAUUAUUCAUUUUGGAAAGAUUGGUCUUUCAAAGCAAAUUACAGUUUUGGUAGACGUUUUGUUUAAAAAGCUUUGCCAUAUGUUCAAUUCCGCUCUGCUUUUUGAUGUCAUUUAAGAUCUGUAGCCAUCCGGCUAAUAAUUAACCUGUCGGUAUUUUGGUACAAUUCUUUCAGGAAUUUGAAGAACACCGUAAGAUUGGUGUGUCGUUCAGGGGCAAAGCCCAAACACUUUUUCAGAGAAGUGCGAAAGCUAUUUUUCCCGAAAAAAAGACGUGUCUCAUUCUUUAAGGGUGUGGUCAUAAGAUAAAUAAUCUUAUAUGCUCCUUUCAUGCGUUUCUUCUUCAAAAUUCACACUUAAGUGCCAUCCUUUGAAAGUUGAACUACUACAGAAAUGUUAAUAGGUUACAAUUGUUGCAAAAAUGUUACAGGGUGAGAGCAAAAUUUCUUCUUUUGCCCGGCAAAAAUUCUUUAUGUGCCAACAGACAAAGUGUUGCGGGAGAAGUUCCCGCCCAGUACCCCCCUUUGGCGACGCCCCUGGUUUCGAUAUUUGAACAGCUUCAUUCGCCAGCAGGCUACACCCUUUUUACUGUACUUUAACUGUAAGCCCUUGGUUUUUUAACUGUAGUGGGUGUUUGACACAUUUGAAAAUUUGUCAGUUAUAAUUUGCCCAAAGUUAUAACUGCCCAAAGUAUACUGUACAACUACUUUCCAAAUUGAAUCAUAUUAGAUGCUUGAAAUCAAAGUCUUUAUUGCUUUAAAACACAAAGAGCCAUGUAGUUUUAAUCCAAUAAAAACAGCACCUUAUCUUGAAAUAGCAUGUAUUCGCUUUAAUAUUAAGGAAGAGAAAAACAAAACUUGUUUAAUUUUGUAAGAAGAAUUGAUUAUUCAUUCUGCUUUGAAUUUUCGUAUGUCCCUGGUCCUUCGACAAUGGGGUACGAUACUUGAUUAAAUGAAUCUUUAGACUAUAGACGAACCAUCAUUAUUUCCAUUGAGUCUUAAGAGCCUCAGUUAAUCGAGAACUGAGAAAACCUGUAUUAUUUAUGUUUUUGAUAUUAAUGAUUUCUGAGUUAUAUUGAUUUAGAGAGCUUUCUUUUUCUUAAAAUCUUUACCAAUUCACAGGUAUAUUCACGUUCCUAUCUAGUGAGCUCUCGGGCCUCUCUUGCUGAUAGUGAAAAUAUUCCCCGGUAUCACCUUUCAGGUGACGCUGCAAUAUAUGUUUUGUUUAUAUCUUAUCCAUUCCUUUUUACUCUAUUUGUCACUGGCAAUUUUUGGAGAUGUUGUUUUCUCAUUUUAGAUUUGACUUUACCUCAGAUGUAGCGAUUUUUAUUUUGUUAUUUCCGGCAGUUAUAAGGGGGUCUUUGUCGUAAGCAUGGGCUCUGACGCAGGUUGGAAAGUGGGGGGGGGGGGGGGGCAAGGGAGACUUUAACAAUCAUUACGAAAUAAUUAUUCAAAAGUUUUAUUGUUUUGCAAAAAAGUUCCUCCCCGGUCCCCCUUUCGUCGGAGGCCCUUGUAAGAGACGCAGACACAUAAUUUUAGGCUUUAAUCUUCAGAGGACGUUUCUGGAUCAAUUUGAUUUUCCUUUUUCAAGGCCCUUCGGUAAAUUUCGGGAAACCUUCCAAGAUUAUUACCUGUUUGCAUGAAACAAACUGGAUUAGUAGCAUGAUUCGACGAUUCGAUUAAAUUACGUAACUGCAAUAGCAGGGGAUGCACACAGCCUACAAAUAUCCCCACCCGUGUUGUCAAUUCCAGCCCUCAUCAAUACCUGCCUUUUACAACUUUAUUGUAGCGAUUAAUUAUUCUCAAUAGAGCCACCGGAAGUAGAACGUUUUUGGUUUUGACUAACAAAUAUUCAAAAGCGCAUUUUGGGCUAGAAGUAUAUGCGUCUGUUGACAUGCUGUUUUAAAAAACAUAUGCAUAAUUUAAUGGUUUGUUAGCAUUCAAAUAUUAACAGGAUGAAAUUUAAACAUCUUGUUUUUAUGAUUUCCAAUUCAAACCAGGCAGGAAAAUCAAGCUGCUUCAUCGGUAUGAAGUUCUUGGUGGGUUGUAUGACUAUCUUUUAUUAAGGCAGCGUUGAAAUUAAAGACUCUACCUUCUCAAAAGAAGAUUGAAUAUGGAAGUUAUCGAUUCAUUGUGCCCUUUUUUCAACCACUUUAUCUGUUCUGUAAUUAAGUUCACCAAUGAGGCUGUCUGGUGAGCAUGAUGAAAAGCUGAAGAAAGACCAAAGUCAAUCUCUGUUCAAACCGUGCGAAUCAAACCUUGCGAGCGCCUAAAGAGAGCUGCUACAAAAAAUCACAAAUUGACGAUGAAAUCUAUGAUAUUUUCAUAGCGAUUAAAUAUGUUAAAAUCUAGAAUUUCCAGAGCUCGAUAUCCAAGUUUACUGUUACAGCAAUGAACUUCCUAGAAAGACUGUUAAAACCCCUUUAAGUUAAAAAUGCGCCAUAAAUACUUGGCAGGUGUCAGCAAUUCGACGCAAAGUUCCUUCACGAAGUUUUCCCUCUUAAUCUUCAACGACAAUAGGCGAGCUUGUGAUAUCCAUCAAGUUUAAAUAAGUUCUUUAGAUUGCUGAACAGUUUGUGCAUCUACUGGGUAAUGAAGCCAAAGAGAGCCAUGACCGCGAAAAGACCGAUUACUGUUGUCAUGCUACAGUUGAAUCCUGAUGCUGAGCUUGGAUCUCCAGAACCUGUGCCAUUUUUAGUUCCAUUACCAUGUGUUGUGUUAGUAGUGUGGUUUGUGCAGUUGGCAGUUUGCAGCAAUGUCUCCAAGAGAACAAGCGUAAGCAAGCAGCAAAUUAAGAUUCUAGCCAUGUUUAACUAA